UGCCCGGUGCGGUAUAUGACGACCGCAAUUUACCGCUAUUUAUUUAAUUGUGAAAGGGCCUUACUGUUUGCCACUGUUUACCAAGGCACGAACUACCGCCACUCACAACGUUUGAUAGGAUGGUGAAUGCUGAGGGAUUAAGGGCUGUGUUUAAGAAUGCUGGAAGACCGAAAGACUAUCAGAGUCAUGGAGCAAAAGUGCACUCUGUUGACUGGAACUGUGAUGGAAAGCGGCUUGCUUCGGGAUCAUUUGACAAGUCUGUGUGUGUGUUUAUACUGGACAGGGAUAGGCUGAUCAAGGAUCACACGUUUCGCGGGCACAACGACAGCGUGGACCAGCUGACUUGGCACCCGAGUCACGCCGACCAGCUGGCCACGGCCAGCGGCGACAAGACGGUCCGGCUGUGGGACGCCCGGUCUCAGAAGCUGGCCGCCACCAUCGGCACCAAAGGAGAGAACAUCAACAUCUCAUGGUCACCAAACGGCCAGACUAUCGCCGUUGGCAACAAGGAAGAUCUGGUGUCGCUCAUCGACGUCCGACAGCGGAAGAUCCUGCGCGACGAGCAGUUUCGCUUCGAGGUCAACGAGAUCUCAUGGAACCGGGAGGAGAACAGCCUUUUUUUCAUGACGUCAGGCAGCGGGCACAUUGUGGUGCUCAGCUACCCGGAGCUGGAGCUGCAGCACGACAUCGUGGCACACCCGGCCAACUGCAUCUGCAUCGAGUUCGACCCGACCGGCCGCCACUUCGCCGUGGGCUCGGCCGACGCGCUUCUGUCGGUGUGGGACGCUAAGCAGCUCAUGUGCCACCACACCGUUUCCAGGCUGGACUGGCCGGUGAGGACGCUGAGCUUCAGCCACGACGGCGAGCUGCUGGCGGCUGCGUCCGAGGACCUGCUGAUCGACAUCAGCGCCGUUUCCAGCGGCGAGCGCGUCACCACAGUGCCCGUGCAGGCGGCCACCUACACGGUCGCUUGGCACCCAGGCUACCUGCUGGCCUUUGCGUGCGACGACAAGGACGAGCGCGAGCGCGACGCCGGCACCGUCAAGCUGUGGGGCGUGCCCGAGUGAGCGUCCGCCGGCAGCCGGUGCCGAACGGACACAGCAGAUCUGCGGCUGCCGCGGUGGCGCGUCGGGUACAGGUAGUGGCACUUGUGC